AGCAGAAGGAAUUUCAGGACAAUAUUGCACAACAUCGGCCAAAGAAAGCUAUUCGGAUUCGCUGGAGGUUGGUUUAUCUAAUAAGGAAAGAAUGAAAUAUCAGAAAGACUAUAAUAAGGAAUCAAUUAAGAAGCUAGAAGAGAAGGUGAUGGAGAAUAAGAAAAAGUACGAGGAAUUUUGUAUGACAUCUACUGCAGAGAUGGCCAUUGUGCCUGUUGAGGAAGUAGUCAUUUUGAAAAGUUUACUUCAGAAAGAGACUCUUAUCAGAAAUGCUACAGAAGGGGAGCUAAAUCGUCUGAAAAGUCAAAUGAAAGAACUGAAAGAUCGGGAGGCAUCAAGAGAGUCACAUAUCUUAAAAAUUCGUAAGAUGUUGGAAGAUGAAGCACACCAGAAGGAGAAUCUCAAAAGAGAAAUAGCCAGAUUGCAAAGUCAACUGCUGCAAUUAGGUUUUAAUGUUGGAAAAAAAACACAAAAAAUUCUUCGAGUUGGAUCUGAGAAAGUUGCUGGUGGUUUAGAUUAUUCUCCCUCUUUCCUAGUUAAACAUCUACAGCAAGCUUCAGCAAACGGAGAGGAGGCCUCAGCUGCCAAGCUCUUUGAACAAGGUGGAUUGCAGAAGAUUCUGUCAUUGCUUGAAGCAGAAGAUGCUGAUGUACAAAUCCAUGCCCUGAAAAUAAUAGCUAAUUUAGCUUGUGAAGAAAGAAACCAGAAGAAGAUUGUAGAAGCAGGUGUACUUACGCCCUUGCUUUCACUCCUUAAGAACUCAAAAGAUGAAACCACACAUAGAGUUGCAGCAAGCGCCAUUGCCAAUUUGGCAAUGAAUGAAACCAAUCAAGAUCUCAUUGCGGCUCAAGGAGGCAUUAGUUUACUGUCAAUGGUAGCAGCCAAUACUGAAGAUCCUCAGACCCUUCGAAUGGUUGCUGGAGCAUUUGCUAAUCUUUUUGGAAAUGAUAAACUACAAAUAAAGAUAAGGGAUGAAGGUGGUCUCAAGGCACUAUUGGGAAUGGUCAGAUGCAGACAUCCUGAUGUACACACCCAGGUUGCCCGUGCAAUAGCCAACUUUGCAAAAUGUGAAUCUAAAGCAUCUACUCAAGGAACAAAGGUUGAAAGGUCUUUACUUAUAGUGGACGAUUUGCUUCCGUGGAUUGUGCAAAACGCAAAUAAUGAAGUCUCGUUAGUUAGGCGUCAUAUUGAGAUUGCUCUCUGCCACUUAGCAAAAUUUGAAGCAAAUGCAAUAGAUAUGAUCAGUGGAGGUGCAAUGGGAGAGUUGGUUCGAGUCUCAAGAGAUUCUUCAAGAGAAGAUAUAAGGAUUCUUGCACGUGAAACACUGAUCUCCAACCCUGCUUUCCAUGCUGAAAUCAGGAAUUCGGGAUUGAAUAUGGUUGAAUAAGCUAAAUGUUUUAGAAAUUCAAAAGAACUUCAUGAUGAUUUAAAUUUUUUUUUUGGAUUCAUUAAUCUUGAAUUUUUAAUUUUGAGUUACAAAUUAGAGAUGAAAAUGCAAAGAGGAAGCGUAAUUGUUGGAAGUUCUACAUCAAUUAGAAAUAAGACGAAUUAUAAUAUAUA